UAAUGACAUCAUCACCUUCCCUUCAUCAUAAAACUCAAACAUGUUUUAGUGACUAACUUCUCUGACAAAGUGCAUAGUGGCAGCAUGUGUAAUAAAAGAGUAACUUUAUAGUAGGUUAAAAAUAUAGAUUAAAUAGUAAAAAGACAGUAUAUGACUUAGCUGAUAGAAGAAACACAUUAAACAAUCAUUUCCCACUCUGAAACUUUUCUCUUUGAUUUUCUUUAUAAUAUUAAAGGGUGAGUGCAGAUUUGUGUGUGGCCAGACUGGCUGUGAUGCUGAGUGGCCCUUUGAGGAGGUUUGUAAAAUGGCUCUUCUGACCCCUGAAGAAAGGGAUUACUUUGAAAGCAAAAUCUUCAGCAACGCUGCAGAGACUUUCUUGGAUGUCAAAGCAUGUCCUGGAUGCCAGUCUCGUGUGGUGAGAGCUGACCUCCAUGAUCUCAGUGUCCAGUGCCCAGUGUGCACAGCGAGGAGAAGAAGGGCUUAUCGGUUCUGCUGGCAGUGUUUGAAGAAGUGGAAAGGCCCAGCUCCACGUUCAGACCGCUGUGGGAAUGCAGACUGCCAAGACCCACUGGAAAUACUGAGAAACUGCCCAGAUGUCACCUUCAAGGAUGUGGAGGGGGUCACUGGCUGUCCCUCCAUCCGUGCCUGUCCCACCUGUGGUCUGCUGGUGGAGCAUGACAGAACUCACUGUAAAAAUGUGUACUGUGUGCGGUGUAAGGUGGAGUUCUGUUUUGUGUGUCUGAAGCUCACUGAAAAGUGUUCAGAUGUGGAAAACAUAUCUUCAUUUUAUGAACUUUGCCCCAGUGGUGUCGCACCAAGACAGACCUCUAUACCUGUGUGGCAGAGGACAUGAUCCUGCAAUUCUUCUUGAUAAUCAUCAUCACUUUUAUCACUCAGACAGGAAGUCAUGCCAGCUGUAUAUAAGACUUACAGACUCAGACACUCUUUUGUGGGCUACUUUGUAAGAUUUGGGGCAGUGUCACAUGAGAAUCACUUCCUUCUGUUCACAGUUAAACAUUUACACAGACAAUUUCUACUGUAAACCCAAAAUUGUAGUGAACAUUUACAGAAUUAAUAUUUAUAGUCAUAUUUAAAACUAUGUGUAUUCUUUUUCUGUAGGAGUCAUGUUUACUGUCAUCUCAUUGUUACAGUAUGCAUUCAUUCUGAU